AUGGCGUCCGUCGCCGCGGAGAAGACGGAGCUGAAGGAGGAAGGGAUGAUUGAUGCUGCCACCGAGCUGGCUCAAGAUCCCCAAUCCAGGGUCAAUCCGGACACGAUCGAGGAGGCCCUGGUGCAGGAGACUCGAGCGGCCGGCGCGCCUGCAUACCAAUUCGACCCCAAUGCCUCGCCCGAAGAUAAGGCCGCGGCAGCUGAAGCGCGAUUGCCGCCCGGUUUCCAUCGCGACAAGAAGCCCGAGGGCAUGGCAGUGAUUACGGACCAAGACCCCGGAAAAGCAGAUUAUGACCUUCCUCCCCCACGCUCGGCCACCGCGAUCAUGGCCGAGGACGCCAAUGCGGCGGCCGAGGGAGGAAAGGCGAUGGACGAGGAUAUGCGCUGGGCCCGCGACCGCACCGGUUGGGCGCCCAAAUUUCACAUCGAGCCGACGGAGGAGGAACAGGCGGAGGGUACGCUGCUCGACCACACGACCUUUCUGGAGGGCCGGCUGCCGGACAAGUUCUUUGGCGAUUGGUACCACAAUGCCGCGGUCAUUGUGUUUGCGUGUCUGACAUCGUGGCUCAUCGCCGCCUUGGGCGGUGGCGUGGGCUGGGUGCUCCUGGUGAUGGCCGGGUGCAGCACAUACUACCGCACGUCCAUACGCCGAGUGCGCCGGAACUUCCGGGACGAUGUUAAUCGUGAAAUGUCCAAACAACGCCUGGAGACGGACACGGAGAGUCUCGAGUGGAUUAACAGUUUCCUAGUCAAGUUCUGGCCCAUCUAUGCUCCCGUUCUGUGCGACACCAUUAUCAACUCGGUCGAUCAGGUCCUCAGCACCUCGACCCCUGCUUUCCUGGACAGCCUGCGUCUCAAGACGUUCGUCCUCGGUACCAAGCCGCCCCGCCUGGAGCAUGUCAAGACGUACCCCAAGACCGAUCCUGAUACCGUUAUUAUGGACUGGAAGUUCAGCUUCACGCCCAAUGAUACCAUGGAUUUGACUGCACGCCAGCUCAAGGACAAGAUCAACCCUAAGAUUGUUCUGGAAGUUCGGCUCGGUAAGGGUGUCGUGAGUAAGGGCCUGGACGUGAUUGUCGAGGACAUGGCCUGCUCGGGCCUGAUGCGCGUCAAGGUCAAGCUUCAGCUGCCGUUCCCGCACAUCGAGCGCGUGGACGUCUGCUUCCUGAGCCCGCCUGAGAUUGAUUACGUCUGCAAGCCUCUUGGUGGUGACACUCUUGGCUUCGAUAUCAACUUCAUCCCGGGUUUGGAGAACUUCAUCAAGGAGCAGAUCCACAACAAUCUGCAGCCCAUGAUGUACGACCCCAAUGUCUUCCCCAUCGAGAUUGCCAAGAUGCUUGCUGGAAACCCGGUCGACCAAGCCAUUGGUGUGGUCGCGGUGACUCUGCACGGCGCUCACCAGCUCAAGAACGCGGACAAAUUCUCUGGCACUCCCGAUCCCUAUGCCGUCGUCUCGCUGAACAACCGCACCGAGCUGGGCCGCACCAAGACCGUGCACGACACUGACAGCCCCCGCUGGAACGAGACUAUUUAUGUUAUCAUUACCUCUUUCGCGGAUGCCUUGACCGUCGUCCCUUACGACUGGAACGAAUACCGCAAGGACAAGGAAUUGGGAACAGCCUCGUUUCCGCUCAGUAAGCUCGAAGAGGAGCCCUCGCACGAGGGUAUCUACCUGGAAGUUCUGUCUAGCGGCCGCCAUCGCGGUGCCAUACACGCCGAUAUCCGCUUCUUCCCCGUCCUCGAGGGUAGCAAGCUGGACUCGGGCGAAACAGAGCCCCCACCAGAAAUGAACACCGGUAUUGCGCAGUUCACUGUCGAGCAGGCCAAGGAUCUAGACGGCAGCAAGAGCUUCGUUGGCAAGUUGAACCCGUACGGCGUGCUGCUGCUGAACGGCAAGGAAAUCCACGUCACCAACAAGUUGAAGCGCACCAACAACCCCAUCUUCCAAAACGCCUCGAAGGAAUUCCUCGUUACCGACCGCAAGAAUGCCCGCCUGGGUUUGAUUAUCAAAGACGACCGUGAUCUCAUGGCCGAUCCCAUCAUCGGCCGCUACCAAAUCAAGAUGAACGACAUGAUGAAGAUGAUGGAGCAAGGCAAGGACUGGUUCCACCUCCACGGAGUCAAGGCCGGCCGCGCCAAGCUAAAGCUGCAAUGGAAACCUGUCGCCCUAACUGGCGUCGCCGGUAGCGCUGGCUACGUCGACCCGAUCGGCGUAAUGCGCUUCCACUUCAAGGGCGCGACUGACCUGCGCAACCUUGAGUCCAUGGGCAAGUCGGAUCCUUACGCACGUGUUCUGCUCUCCGGCAUCACACGUGGCCGCACGGUGACCUUCCGUAACAACCUUAACCCCGAGUGGGACGAGGUCGUGUACGUGCCGGUCCGCAGCGCCCGCGAGAAGGUGACAAUCGAGGUCAUGGACGAGGAGACCAUCAACAAGGAUCGCUCGCUCGGCUACGUCGAUCUCAAGGCGUCUGACUUUGUCCGCGAGUCGGAGGCCGGCGAAUUCGAGAUCGAUGACGAGAAACAGCUUACUACAUCUCCGUUGCAUUACGGCAAAGGCCCCUUCAAGGGCAACAUCACAUACACCGUUGCUUUCUACCCGACUAUUCCGGUCCUUAAUCCUGAAGACGAGGCGGAGAAGGAAGAGGAGGAUAGUGAGCUGACUGGUACUGAUGUACCGGGUACGCCUCGCAUCAGCACAGACUCGAAAGUCAAACUUGGGCACGCCAAGUCGGCCAGUGUCGACUCUACGACUUUGAAGGCGCUGUCCAAUGGCACUGCGCCUAAUGGUACGACUAAUGGCGAGCCGACUACUAACGGUCGCGCGAGUCUGGACACUAAUACCGCGCGCCCGUUGACGUCUGACUCUGACGCUACGUCGGUGAGGUCGAUCAAGACUAUUCCCCGAAUGGAGCUCGGCGUGGAGGAUCUCACGAAAUACGAGUCCGGUUUCGUCGUUUUCAAGUUCCAUGAGGGCCAGCUGGCUCACAGCAACGUGCAGCUGGAGGUCCUGAUGGACGACUACAUGUUCCCGGCUUAUGUCUCACCUAAGAUUCACGGGAAGACUAUGAAGACAUCAGACAUCGGCGAGGCUUUCGUGCGCGAGCUGGAGUUCUCCAAGAUGACGCUCCGCCUGGUCAACAAGGAUGAUUCCAAGGAAUCAAGCGAGGAGCACACCGUUGCUAAACUUACUGGUGAUACCCUCCCAACUUUGCAGCGCAUCCUGUACAAGCCCACCGAGCUGGUCCUCCGUUCCAAUACUGGCGAGAUCAGCAAGAUCACUGUCAGCGCCCGCUACAUCCCCGUCCGGAUGACGCUCGAUCCCAAGGAGAGCAUCAACAACAUGGGUUCCCUGCUCGUGAAAGUCAACAGCGCCGUGAACCUGCCCAUCGCUGACAGAAACGGCAAGAGCGACCCAUACUGCAAGUUCUUCAUCGACGAUGACAUCAAACAUCCGAUCUACAAAACCGAAGUUGUUAAGAAGAAUCUGAACCCGACUUGGGGCGAGUCCUUUGAGACCCCUGUCAAGACCCGCAUCGACGGUAACUUCCGCGUCGAGGUUUGGGACUUCGAUCGUGGCACUGGCGAUGAUCGACUCGGCGAGGGACUUAUCGACCUUGAGUCCCUCGUGCCCUUCGAGCCGAAGGAUGUCUCCGUCACUCUGAUCAACCCGUCCAAGGACGUCACUCUGCCUUCGAACGGCAAGCCAAGUACUGUCCAGCUGACCCUCCUCUUCAAGCCCACCUAUGUGAUGCGCUCACGCCAAGGCUCGUCUACCUUCGGCGGCACGUUGGGCACCACCAUCGUCGGCGUUGGCGGCGCCCCCCAUCAAGGCAUCAAGUCCCGCUUCCACAGGGACAAGGACCAGAAUGGCGACGACGCCGCCUCCCUCGCCGAGCACGCACUGGAGGAACCCCCGCCGACGUCCGCAACGCCGCCAGCCUCACCCCAGCCGCAGCCCUCGCCGACGCACGGCCUCCAUCUACGGCGACCGCCUCUCGAUCUUCGGCGGCGGCGGCGGCGCCCCCGCGAAGAUACCGGCACCGCACAUAUCACCCUCGUCUCAGCCUCCGGCUUCCCCGCCUCCGCCAACCUGCGCGUUAUCAUCCGCGUCCAGGGCCGCAAGGGCGCGAAGGAAGUCCACAAGACAAAGGCACAGAAGACCGGCGACGGCCCCGUCCAGUACGACGACACCUUCACUGUGCCCAAGGUCCCCGCCGCCGCCCAGUAUCAGGUCCGCGUCGUCGACCAUGCCACCUUUGGCUCGGACAAUCUGCUCGGCGAGGGCUUUUUCUUGGUUGCGGACCAGGGCUCCGAGGCUGGAGUGGAUAAGACUGUUGCCGUUGGCAAGGGCUCCGUGGUUAUCAGGUCUCAUUUUGAUGGAUCCGAUGCGGCGAGCUUGAGGCCAACGACCUCGCAUUCUACUGCUGGCUUUGAGGUUGACGGGGCUGAGAGCCCGGAUUCAAGGAAGUUGCCGCGGCGGAGCUUCUUGAGUAAGAGGAGUGUUAGUGGCGCGUGA